AUGGCUAACCGCCGGGAGAGAUGGACGCGUGAGUCCUUUGCUCCGGCGAAGUGGGUCGACAAUCCGGCGCAAUCCAGCACUGUAAGACGGCAUGACUCCCACCCAAUCACUGAGAUGGCACACCAGAGGGGCAAAAAAGCCACACCAAAGCCAGAUAAAUUAAAUUUCUUCGGCGGCAAGUCAUUUUCCGAACCGGAAGAGCAGGCCUCUCCUCAAGAUGGCGGGCGCAAUUCGGGUGAGUCAGCCUACACAAAUACCCCCUUAUGCUCUGAUGCUGACAUGCUUACCAAAUCACAUUUCCAGCAAGCCCUGGACUCCUUAUCAAAUAAGCUGAUCACUUCUUGGCAACACACAGCUGACUCACUCAGAAAAGAUAUUCAAGAGCUUGGCAAGCGUACCUCCCAUGUAGAGAAUAAACUAUCAGAAUUUGCUACUGCGCAUAAUGAUUUGGCUUCACAUGUAGAAGCUGUGGAACAUAAAAUUCUUAUGAUGGAACAUAAAAUCACAGACCUGGAAGACCGAACGCGCAGGAAUAAUUUGCGCAUUCGAGGCAUCCCAGAAGAUGUAGCACCAGAUCACCUCCAAGCGUAUAUCAGGGAUAUGUUUAAAGAACUAGCACCGGACAUACCUUCUGACAUGUUGCUUCUAGAUAGGGUGCAUCGCCUGCCUAGGCCGAAGUUUUUGCCGGAGACUGCCCCAAGAGACACACUAUUAAGAGUGCAUUACUAUCAUAUCAAAGAUUUGCUUCUUAAAAUGGCUAAACGCAGAACGACUCCAUUAGAAAAUUAUCCGCAGCUUAAAAUUUUUGCGGAUCUUUCUGCGACCACUCUGAAUAGAAGAAAAGAAUUUGCCCAAGUUAUAACUACCCUGAGAGCCCAUGGUCUUCGUUUUCGAUGGGGAUUCCCCACUAAAGUUAUCGUCACUAAGGACAACACCACUCAAGUGAUCAUGUCACCAGAAGACUGCCUUCGAAAACUACAAGCCUGGGGAUUCCUGGAGCAGACCGAAGAACACGCCGCAUCAUCCUCGAAGAGAAUUCAAUUGGACUGGCACACAGCAUGA